UCUUUAAAUAUUUGACAUCCAAGAGCUGUAUUUGCGACGGUAAAAUUGAAACUGUAUAUGUAUAAAGUAAUAUGACACUGUGGGUGGUAGGGAAUAACUCUAUAUAAAGAUGAUACGAUUUGAUGCUCUGUCACUGCUCAUUACUUUUACAUGACAAUUGUCUUCGAGAUUUAAUACAUAGAACCGUUGAAAAAAUUAUAAAUAAAAAAGUUAUUUUACAAUAAAAAGUCUGUUUUUGAGAUUAAAAAUGAAUAAAUUUAUACGAAUUGUUAUUCUUACGAUGAUUAUACCAUCAGCUGUACUGGGGCGUAAAUUGGAAUUAACAGGUAAUUGCAGUUGUGCAGCUAUUCAAGUAUCAGGUCUUGAACCAAUUUUAGAACAAUCUCUUCAGUUUAAUGUUGCAUGUAAUGAGGAAGGCAUUGACAAGUGUGAACGACUUUGCAUCGCUCUCGUGAGUGCUGCUAAAGAUAAGGGCCCAGAAUUGAUUUGUGAUAAAUUAAAAAGACACGUUUCAAACAUGCAUGUUGGACUUUUUACACGAAUUUGCGACGCAAAUGGAUGGAAAUUCUCGGGGCUUAAAAUUCCUGAUCCAGUUUGUUGUCACGAGGGCAAACCAACUCAAUGUGAUGGUACUCCAGAAUAAUUUAAUAAAAUUAUUUGAAUAAAUGUUCUUGUGUGAAUAUUGUCAAAGAUUAAGAUAGUAUCACAUGUAAAAGAAAACAAAGGCAAUGAAACCCGGCUUAUGAGAA